AUGUAUGUCGCUUUGUGGCACGGUGGGCGUCGAUCUCGUCGUGCAACCAAAUAUGACGAUGAGGCUUACGGGGGGCACGAGCUGCUCCUUGAUGCAAAUGUACUGCUGUGGACAAACAAGAGGCUGAUGCUCAUCAACAUUCCAGGUGUGGCUGAAUGGCUUCGGCAUGUGGCUGCGGGCUCAUCACCUGCCCACAUCCCUGACUUGACCCUGAUUUGGGACAUCGAAUGGAACAACCUGCUGGCUAUCAAUUUGCUCAGAGCUAUGCAAGGAGACAGCACGCCUGCACUUCUUGUCUACAGCAGGGCGAAGCAAAUCACUUUUCCGAACUUCCUCCGUGCCAUCAGAUGUCCCGCAAACGAGAUAUGGAUGCUGAGGCAGAAAAUAUGGGAGACCCACCAACGGUAUGUGGUUUUCAGCCCACGGAUGUUGGCAUAUACGCGAAGUGUGAGCUGCAACAACAUCGCUGGGUCAUCGUCACCACCUGCGCUGUUGUCAGCAGAUUUCCGGUGGAUGUGGCGAAGCGAAGGAAAGGGGAGAGCAGUGUCUGUGUGGAGACCAUUGGGGCCACCAGGGUACGUUGCCCUUGGGGACGUGGCCGUCAUUGGUUCAGCCGACCCUUCAUCGCCUGUGGCCAUGCUUCUGGACGACUCAAACACAGCAACUGCAGAUGGACGGCGGUCAAGGGUUGCUGCUCCGCUGGGCUUCCAUAUCAUUUUUCGGUCCACCCAUCAUAGUUUGACAGUUUGGGAGCCGAUUCCUCCAGAUGGAUACUGCGCCAUGGGCUGCAUGGUGGUUUCCGGCAUUGAGACUCCACCCAUCGGCAUUGUGCGGUGUCUUAGAAGGGACUUGGUGAUGUGCACGCAAUUCUUUGAUGCAGCACUGUGGAAGGGCCAGAGUAGCGACAUUGAUACGAUGGUCAGCAGCUUCUGGCUGAAAGAUCAAAACCCUCUGUCGACAUUUUGGGCUGUCCGCGGAGUGGAUCGCCCACAUAGUUCACUCUCUCUUGUGCCGAAACCGGAGGCUGUAAGAAGUGAUGCCUGUUAA